ACAGGAAAGAAGAGCCCCAGGCCCAACUACUGACGUGCUGUAUGCACGCUGCAGCUUGUAAGACAGGCACACACCCCCGCAAGUAUCUUAGGUACGCACUCAGCCAAACAGCACACUCAGACACACAGUGAGAAUAAGGAAACAGAUCGAUGCAGGACAUUCUUUGAAAGUCAGUAGCAUUCAUACAGUGUCUGUUAUCUGUUAAAUUUAACCCUCAGCUGCUUUGAAGAGAAAAAAGGGUAGAGUGAAGGGUACAGAGCGUGCAAGCAAAAAAUGUUAACUCAACCGUCAACUGAAAAACAAGUGUUCUCACUACCAAGAUGACCACCUUUUACAACAAUACCAACCCAAGCAACGGCAGUGGAUAUUACUGUAAAUUUAAUGAAGAAUUUAAAUAUAUUCUCCUUCCUGUCAGCUAUGCGCUGGUUUUUUUUAUUGGCCUGGCACUGAAUGCUACAGCGUUGUAUGUGAUUGUGUUCCGCACGAAGCGCUGGAAGCCCUCCACUAUCUACAUGUUCAACCUGUCGAUGUGUGACACUCUCUACGUCCUGACACUGCCCUUCCUCAUCUAUUACUACGCAGACGAGAACGACUGGCCCUUCGGUGAACCAUUCUGCAAGGUCAUACGCUUCCUGUUCUAUACCAACUUAUAUGGUUCAAUUCUGUUCAUGUCCUGUAUCAGCCUGCAUCGGUUUGUAGGCAUCUGCUAUCCAGUCCGAUCUCUCUAUUGGCUCAGCGCUCGUCGAGCCAGGCUGAUAUCUGUGGCAGUGUGGGCCUGUAUUUUAUUCUGCCAGGCACCUAUCCUCUACUUCUCAAGAAUAAGAGAUGUGAAAGGUGGGCGGACCUGCUACGACACCACCAGCCCAGAGCUUUUUGAUGACUUCUUGGUGUACAGCUCAAUUGUGUCAGUUCUCAUGUUUGCCCUGCCAUUCAUGGUGGUGAUGGUGUGCUAUGGCCUCAUGGUGCGGAAGCUUCUAGAGCCUGGCUGGGCGUCUGGAGGGGGAGAAGAAGGCGAGAGGGGAGGCCUGUCAGCCCAACGUUCCAAGCAGAAGUCAGUGAAGAUGAUCAUCAUCGUGCUGGCAGCGUUCAUGCUCUGCUUCCUCCCUUUCCACCUCACCAGGAGUCUUUACUACUCUUUUAGAUACCUACAGCAGAUCAAUCCAGCACAGGUCAGCUGUAAUUUGCUAGAGGCCUCCAGUGUGGCUUACAAGGUAACUCGACCUCUUGCCAGUGCUAACAGCUGUCUGGACCCCAUCCUUUACUUCCUGGCUGGGCAGGACGCCCGAAGCAACCUCACAAAGAAGGUGAAGUCGUCAACAUCGAAACAAUCAUGUGCGAGCCAACACUUGACAACACAACUCUGAUUCAAUACUUCAAACUAUCUUGGUAAAAAUGUUGUGUUGACAACUCUUACUUAUUGCCUCCUCUGGUGAAUAUGACACCCCAUAUAUCUACCCAGUGCAUUCAAUCUUAAAUGUCUCCAUUUGUUUGUUUAGCAAGCACAGUACUUCUGAGGGUUGGAAUCUCUCUAUGAAGAAGCAAAUGUGAAAUUAUAACCAGGGAAGCACACAAAUCCUACUUGACUGCAAAAAAGGAACUCCCAUAAGGAUCUUCUGCAAUGACCUUAGAUACGCAUUACCGACUGGAAAUAUUUAAAGUCCAGCCAACUCAUAGUGAGUCCUUUGGCUCAGCUGUGAGCCAGAAAGCUAAUAUUAUGUUAGUAAGAUUCAGUCAAUAAUUCAACAAGUCACUGUGUACAACAAUAUGAGUAGCUAGCAGUUCAGCCGUGUCAUUGUCUCCAAAUUAACAUAAAGAUUUUCAUAAACAAAUUAUUGGCCAUGUGUAGCUUGCUGUCGGCCACAGCCUGAAGUAAUAUUGAAUAGUGAAAGGAAUUUGAGAUGAUCUCUAAUAGAAAGCAUUGGUGAAGUCAGAGGUGUACUUGUAGCUUGUUGUGUCACCAAGUUCAGAGGAUAAGGCACUGAAUGCCUAUGCUUAGUAUUGUAAAUAGGAUUAUUAUUAUUAUUUUGUGUGUGUGUCACUUUAUGUCACAACAUGUGAAGGAACCAAUAAUUGUGUUUUAAAAAAAUUGUAUACAUUUUUACAAAAUGCUGAUGGUGAUACAUUUUUUUAUCAUUUGUGUCAUGUAUCAUAUUGCAUUUGUGUAUCUAGU